AUGAAUAAUUCAAAUGGACGCCUUUUGGCUCUAACAAUGUUGGUCCUUUUAUUUGGACUUGCCAACUCCCAAACUGAGGGCGCAUGUGCUUGGACAAAGUGCCCAUUUGGUACGGUAUGCUGCCAACCAUUCGCAUCUGUCCAGCCAAAAUGUAUUGGAGCUUGUACCUUUAGAAGUUGCCCAGUCGGUCAGUUGUGUGCCUUGGAUAAAUUAGGUGCUCCUCGUUGUGUGAAUGCCGGACCAACCCCAACUACCMCCGCCACAACUGGUGUCUCCACUCAGUCCACUGUCGCCUCUACCAUCGCGUCAACUGGUGGAGAAGUUACCUCUACCGUCGCCACAACAACAGUGUCCACUCAAUCUACAGUUGCCAGUACUAUUGCCACCACUACCUCGCAGACAUCAGCCACCACUGGCGUCACCUCGACCAUUGCCACGACUGCAGCACCAACAACAACUGUUGCCUCGACCACCGUGUCCACUCAAUCAACAGUUGCCAGUACCACUGUUACCACCGCGUCCACGACUGCGCCAGUGACCUCCACCGUUGCCUCGACCACUGUCUCCACUCAAUCAACUGUUGCCAGUACAGUGGCGAGCACAUCCACCGGUCCAACCUCUACUGUGGCGUCGACUACUGUUACCACCACCGCCACUACUACCAGUCCCGCGUCGACCAUAACCCAGACCACCACCGCCACAACGACUGUGACUACAACUGCCACUCCUGCGCCAACGACCACAACUGCGUCAACAACCCAGACUACCACCGCAACCACCACCAACCAAGCGUCUACUAUCACACAGACCACCACUGCUACUACAACCGCGACGACCACGGCCACUUCAUCCACGCCAGUUACAACUUCCCAGGCUACUACAUCAUCGCCAACAACCACAGCCACUACAUCCUCGCCAGCCACCACAUCCCAGCCAGCGACGACCUCAACGCCAGCCACAACAUCCCAGCCAGUAACGACAUCAACGCCAGCCCCAACCAAUAUUGCUCCA